AAGGCGCAUGCGCACUUGUUGACAUUUUGAAGUGGCUCCUCUCCGGAGUGUUUGAACAGGAAGGCGGACAUGUUGGCCAACCUGCGGAACAAAAUCGGGGCAUCGUCUGCUGCUUUCCACACAUCGGUGACUAAAAACACCCCGGAAUCCUCUGCUUGUGCGAGCCGGAUCGGAGAAAUCACAUCGGUGGGACCCGGACACGGUUGACAAUCGGUGACAGCGACGGCGGCGGAAGGAUUUUUACCGAUAAAAAGACUUUCUUGAAAUUCGGAAAGAAGCAGAAGUUUUUUCCCCCCCCUCCCGUUCCCCACCACUUCUUUUUUUGAGCUGUCACGAUAGUUUUUGUCGCCCUCUCUUGCGAUGACAUGGGAACGGGCCCGGACUAACUCGGCCGAUGUUUUAAAUGCAUUUUUGUUGUUGUUCGGAUGCAGCGACGUUUGAAGCCCUUCUCCGCUGCGGGCAUCCUGCGCGGAGGCUGACUAAUCUUUGGCCGUCGCGUUGCCCCUGAAAGUUGUUUGCCAGACACAUUUGGAGAGGGACUAUACUAGACUAUAAUAACAGAAGAUGUGGCUUUUGUACAUCCAGCGGAACCUACAACGUUUUAUCUCGUGUGCAAGCUCGAGGAGAACGAUGUAUUGUCUUUAAAAGUUCCCACGAAGAAAGGGGGAAAAAAAACAACAAACGAACAUUGGGCUAGCUAGCUAGCGAGCUACCGCUGGCGGCUAACGCUAGCUAGCCAUUCCGUUUGCCUCCCUUUUUUGUUCCCUUCAACGCAAGACACGGGGGCGAUUUAAUUUUUACGCUAAAAAUGUCUUCCGGAGAAAGUAUGGAGGCUCGGUUUGGAAAAAUCGACGCCAUGUUGAAGGACCCCAAGUCGGAGAUCAACACCGAUUGUCUUCUGGACGGCCUUGAUGCUCUGGUGUACGACCUGGACUUUCCUGCCCUGAGGAAAAACAAGAGCAUUGACAACUUCUUGAAUAGAUAUAAGGAUACCAUUAGUAAAAUCCGUGACCUGCGGAUGAAAGCCGAAGACUAUGAGGUGGUCAAAGUCAUAGGGAGAGGCGCAUUUGGGGAGGUGCAGCUGGUGAGGCACAAAGCCACGUGCAAAGUGUACGCCAUGAAGUUACUGAGCAAGUUUGAGAUGAUCAAAAGGUCAGACUCGGCUUUCUUUUGGGAGGAGAGGGACAUCAUGGCCUUUGCCAACAGCUCCUGGGUGGUGCAGCUUUUUUUUGCAUUCCAAGACGACCGCUACCUCUACAUGGUGAUGGAAUACAUGCCCGGCGGCGACUUGGUCAACCUGAUGAGCAAUUACGACGUCCCGGAGAAGUGGGCUCGAUUUUAUACGGCCGAGGUGGUGCUGGCGCUGGACGGCAUCCACGCCAUGGGCUUCAUUCAUAGGGACGUGAAGCCCGACAACAUGUUGCUGGACAAAGUGGGCCACUUGAAACUGGCAGAUUUUGGCACCUGCAUGAAAAUGAACAAGGACGGCAUGGUACGAUGCGACACGGCGGUGGGAACGCCGGACUACAUAUCGCCCGAGGUACUGAAAUCCCAGGGAGGAGACGGCUACUACGGCAGGGAGUGCGACUGGUGGUCGGUGGGAGUCUUUCUGUAUGAAAUGCUUGUUGGCGAUACGCCGUUCUACGCCGACUCGCUGGUGGGCACCUACAGCAAAAUAAUGAACCACAAAAACGCGCUGACUUUCCCAGACGACAGCGACAUCUCCAAUGACGCCAAGAACCUCAUCUGUGCCUUCCUGACGGACCGGGAGGUCCGCCUGGGCCGGAACGGUGUGGAUGAGAUCAAGAGGCACCCAUUCUUCAAGAAUGAUCAGUGGACGUGGGAGAACAUCAGAGACGCGGCUGCCCCAGUGGUGCCCGAGUUGAGCAGUGACGUGGACACCAGUAACUUUGAUGACAUAGAAGAGGACCGAGGCGAAGAAGAGACUUUUCCCAUACCAAAGGCCUUUGUGGGCAACCAGCUUCCCUUUGUGGGCUUCACUUACUACAGCAAUCAACAUCCGUUGCGCAGCUCCACGUGUGCCUCAAAGACAAGCGACAAACGUAGCAGCUCCACAAAGGAGGACAGAAGUCACUUGGAGAAUCUGCAGAAAAGAGUCUACCAGCUGGAGGAGCAGCUCCACAGUGAGAUGCAGCUGAAGGAUGAGUUGGAGCAGAAAUGCAGGACCUCAAGCACCAAGAUUGAAAAGAUCAUGAAAGAGCUGGACGAGGAGGCCAACUUGAGGAAAAGCGUGGAAGCCAGCAUGUCCCUGCUGGAGAAGGAUAAGAUCAUGAUGCAGCACAGAUUUACAGAGUACCAAAGAAAAGCCGACCAGGAGGCAGAGAAGCGACGCAAUUUGGAGAAUGAGGUGUCGACCCUGAAGGAGCAACUUGAAGACAUGAGGAAGAUCAGCCAGAAUUCGCAGGCCUCCAACGAUAAGAUUGCUCAGCUUCAGAGUCAGCUGGAGGAGGCCAACGACCUCCUGCGUGCCGAAUCGGACACGGCAGCGAGGCUUCGCAAGAAUCACACGGAGGUGGGCAAGUCCAUGAGCCAUCUGGAAAGUUUGAACCGCGAGCUGCAGGAGCGGAGCCGUGCCGCCGAAGGCGAGAAGGCCCAGCUGGAGAAGGAACUCCUGCUACUCCAGAGCACCUUGGACUCGGAGAGGAGGAACUACAGCCAAGACUCUGAGGAAAUCCGCGAGCUGCAGGCGAGAAUACUGGGGCUGCAGGAGGACAACAAAAACUUGAAGCUCACUGUCUCCAAGGUGGAGGCAGAACGCAAACAGGCUCAGGAGAGAAGCAAUAACUUGGAGAAGGAUAAGAACAACCUGGAGAUUGACCUCAACUACAAACUGAAGACCCUGCAGCAACGGCUGGAGCAGGAGCAGACUGAACACCGGGUGACGCGCGCACAACUGACUGACAAAUACGAGUCCAUCGAGGAGGCCAAGUCGGCCGCCAUGAACGCUGUUCAAGUGAAGAUGUCUGAGGAGAACGGGGCGAGGAUGCGAGCGGAGAGUCGGGUGGUGGAAGUGGAGAAGCAGUGCUCCAUGCUGGAGUUUGACCUCAAGCAGUCGGUGCAGAAGAUGGAGCAGCUGAUGAAGCAGAAGGAAAGGCUGGAGGACGACGUGAAGACUCUCAAGAUAAAGGCGGAGCAGGAGUCCAGCAAGCGGGUGCUGGCGCAGAAUGAGUUGAAGGGACGGCUGCAGGAGGUGGAUCGGCUCCGGUGCUCGGAGAAGCAGCUCAAGCAGGAGAUCAACGCGGCGCUGGAGAGCAAACGCUCUUUGGAGUUUCAACUUGCGCAGCUGACAAAGCAAUACAGAGGCAACGAAGGACAGAUGAGGGAACUUCAGGACCAGCUCGAGGCCGAACAGUAUUUUUCUACGCUUUACAAAACUCAGGUCAAAGAGCUCAAAGAGGAAAUAGAAGAAAGGAACCGGCAGGUACAAGAAGCUCAUAAAAAGGCGCAGGAACUGUGCAGUGAAAGGGAGUCCCUGUCCGCCCAGCUGGAUCUGACGGUGACAAAAGCCGAGUCGGAGCAGCUGGCGCGGGCGCUGCAGGAGGAGCAGUACUUUGAGCUCAGCCAAGAAAGCAAAAAGAGCCUCACCAGGCACAAGCAGGAGCUCGUGGAUAAGGAGGCCACAAUUGCACGACUUGAGGAGUCCUAUCAAAAUCUCACCAAAGAUGUGGAGAGUCUCGCUAAAGAGAAGGCAGAGUUGAGCGAAAAGCUUAGCACUCAGGAAGAAGAGUAUGCUGCUCAGAAGGAGGAGAUCACAAAUUCAAUCAAGGCCAACUAUGAGAAGGUCCUCAACACAGAGCGGACUCUCAAGACCCAGGCGGUGAACAAGCUGGCAGAGAUCAUGAACCGCAAGGACAUGAAGCUGGACCAGAAGAAGAAGGGCAGCACGGCCGACCUGCGCAAGAAGGAGAAGGAGAACCGCAAGCUGCAGCUGGAGCUCAACCAGGAGAAGGAGAAGUUCAACCACAUGGCCAUCAAGUAUCAGAAGGAGCUGAGCGAGAUGCAGGCACAACUGGCCGAGGAGUGCACGUAUCGCAACGAGCUCCAGAUGCAGCUGGACAGCAAGGAGAGCGACAUCGAGCAACUGCGCGAGAAGCUUAACGACCUGCAGCAACGCAUGGACAACUCCAGCAUCACCAGCUUGCUGACGGACGAGACGGACAGCAACAUCGCGGAAUCCAGACUGGAGGGCUGGCUCUCUAUACCUAACCGCACAAAUAUCAAGCGAUACGGCUGGAAGAAGCAGUACGUCGUGGUGAGCAGCAAAAAGAUUUUGUUCUACAACGACGAGCAAGAAAAGGAGCAGUCCAAUCCUUCCAUGGUACUAGAUAUCGACAAACUGUUUCACGUGAGACCGGUCACGCAAGGAGACGUGUACCGAGCCGAGACUGAAGAGAUUCCGAGAAUAUUCCAGAUCCUCUACGCCAACGAGGGCGAGUGCAGGAAAGAGGCCGACGUGGAGACGGUUCCGCAGGGUGACAAGAACUGCCUGCCUCACAAAGGUCACGAGUUCAUCCCCACCCUCUACCACUUUCCCUCCAACUGCGAAGCUUGCUCCAAGCCGCUGUGGCACGUCUUCAAGCCGCCGCCGGCGCUCGAGUGCCGCCGAUGCCACGUCAAGUGCCACAAGGACCACCUGGACAAGAAGGAGGACGUCAUCGCCCCUUGCAAAGUAAACUACGACGUGACCUCGGCCCGCGACAUGCUCCUGCUGGCUCGGACCCAAGACGAGCAGAAGAAGUGGAUCGGCCAUCUUGGAAAGAAGAUCCCCAAAACCCCGCCGAGCACGUUUUCCAGGGCGUCGCCACGCUCCAUGUCCACUCGGCCUGGACCCAACCAGUCCUUCCGCAAAAACCCUAAAAGCAACACGGCGAAACUGAGCCGAGCGCAGUCCAGCUUCCACGCGGCAGACGCAACAUCCAGCACUUGUUGACAGGAGACGCUUCGCAAAACUAACCGUCUCGACCGUCGGACUUGUUUUUCCCCUGGACUAUUGUGUACUUUCCCCCCUCUUUGUUCAUCCUCAAACGAGGACAACAUGUUGACAGUCACGUUAGCAAAGAAGACGUUAUGGAGCCGCCCCUGUCCCUACUCUGCAAAUGGUCAUCACCACAUUUCCACAAGAAAAUGGCGCCUGAAAGCAGGAGAUGACACGCGGAGAUUUCUAUCCGACAUCGUUUGGGGCUCUUUGUUCAGAUUUAAGGUACUGUCAUCCAGGGGUUGCAGUUGUGCCGUGAGUGCUUGUAUCUCAGGGCUGGGGAAAUAGAAGAAGAAAAAAAAAUGCCUGACAAGAUCCUUAAACACAAGGAGACUUUCGUUUCUGGUGGAUAAAUGCGACUGAUGCCUUCAUCUAAUCUUCUCUGGCUCUGCCCCUCCUCCCCUUUUUUUUAAUUUUUUUUUUUAUAAAAUUCUUAUUACUCUCCAAGUCAGGUUAUCAGGUUUGGAAACAAGAGUAUUGGGACACGAGUAUUAGAUGUAUUGAAUAAGAUCAUCAUUUAAAUCUAUGCAUUAUUUUAUUAUUAUUCUAAUUAUUUUUAUUGCUCCCAAGCCAUAAAGGAAACUUCCAUUGUAAUGGCGUAUAGGAGUCCCUAAAACCUCCAUCACUUUUUUUUCUGUUUAUUUGGUACAUUGUCUCCUGUGUUAUAUAUAUUUUUCUUGCUUGUAUUGUUUUUUUUUUUUUUUUUUUUAAUGUAUUGCCUUACAUUGGUUCCUAGAUAAAUGGUUCAAAAAGGAAAAACAUUAAGUUAACAAAUGUUAAACUGCACUGUUUGAAUUGUAAAUUAUUUGAAGAAGACUAAACAGGUGUAGCAUUUUGCCCACCUAGUGCCUUAAUAACCUUUAAAUAUUGAUUUUACUGCCAUAUCUGUUUUUUUCUUCCUCCUUCCAAAACCAGACAAAUCAUAACGCUUCCAUUUUUUUUUAAUUUUUUUUUUUUUUAUUAAAUUGCCAUACAUAUUGCAACUUGGUUUGAGUAUGCAGAGCAGGGGUGGGCAACAUACACACAUUUGACCGGCCCCUAAACAUUUUAAUACAGAAAUAUUAAUAAGAUCUUUUAUUUUAGGAUUGUAAAUUUUUUAAGACCCUCAAAAGUCUUUAGUGAAAGGGUUCCACCACCUUUGAUUGACCCUAAAAAGUCUUUAGUGAAAGGGUUCCACCACCUUUGAUUUCCAGAAAAAAAUAGAUGACCUCUUUUGGACAUAUUGCAAUGGCAUUGGCAUGAAAAAAUAAUAGUAACAAUUUAUUUUUAUUUUUUUAAAUGUCCCCCUAUACUCAAUUUAUUUGACACUUUUUGGGAUUGUGUACCGCAACACAUGUCAACACCUAAAGCGGCCAAGGCCCAUUUAGUGGAAACACCCCCCUCUGCAAUGUAAAUAAUAAGAGAGCCAUAUGUAUUAUGGAAUACCUCUGCAACUUUUUUUUUUUUUUUUUACAAAAAAAAUCAAACAAAACCUUUUUCCCCCCGUUGAGUUAAGAGAAAAAAAGCACUGGAACUCUGAUAUACUCUGGUAUUGGAUAAUAACUUGCAUGGUUUAUUUGCAUUGGAGUCCGCACUGAUGGAUAUGUCAAUAAACAUAUCUUUAUCGUUCA